UCCAUUUUGGAGCGACUCCAAAUCAACUGAAAAGUCCAGAUGGCGUCUAGAAAAACCGUCCUGAUCACCGGUUGCAGCGAUGACGGCAUUGGCUCUGGUCUUGCUUUGACCUUUCAGCAGCGAGACUACCAUGUCUUUGCAACGGCUCGCAAUAUCCAGAAGAUGAGCAAGCUCCACGGCCUUCCUAACGUUACCCUGCUCACUCUGGAUGUCUGCAACAAGGACCAUAUCACUGCAGCAGUGGAAGCUGUUACCAAACAUACUGGCGGCAAGCUUGACUACCUGGUCAACAAUGCCGGACGCAAUCACUUCAUGCCGAUCCUCGAUGAGGAUAUCGAGGUUACCAAGAAGCUCUACGAAACUAACGUCUGGGGGCCGGUCGCCUUGACCCAGGCUUUUGCCCCAUUACUGAUCGCAGCUCGCGGCACAAUCGCCUUUAUUACAUCAAUAGCGGGCUACCUCAAUGUUCCCUACAUGGGCACGUACGCCGGCUCCAAACGCUCCAUCGAACUCAUCGCUGAAACCCUCCGUCUCGAACUGGCGCCUUUCCACGUUCGCGUCCUAUCGGUCGUCACCGGCGCGGUCAAGACAAUGGGACAGACGUACUUCGGUGACUUUAAGCUCCCUGAGGAUUCGCUUUACAAACCUAUCGAACAGACAAUCGCUAGCCGUGCGCAAGGAGGCGAUGGAAACGCUCGCGAGGACCUGAUGACGUAUAGCAAGAAGGUCGUUACUGAGAUCACAAAUGGCAGCUCAUCAAAGUUCUGGUGUGGGAGCGGUGCCGGCAUGUUACGGUUCAGUACUUCUUUUCUCCCGGGGUCUUUCCUGGAUAACGCUGUGUCGCGGAAUACCGAUCUUGAUGUUCUGGCUGCCAACUUGAACAAAAAGCACUCCUAGCGUUGAUGGUCAAAGAAAAAUGCUGCUAGAUCUGCUCUAUUCAUCAGGCAAACCCUAUUCGCCUCGCAGACUCGUUGUUGUACGCAGUUUGUCUCUUUAGAAGUAUUGAAGUUGUGGGAUGAACCCACAGAUAUUCUCCAUUCCUUGUGCCUAGCAGCAGUCGGGACCAUAGGUGGCUGGUUGUCAAUUACUUAGCAGACAUUCCCGUCGACUCUCGUCAGCAUCACAAUAACUCCGUAAUUCCAGAUUAUCUACACGCAGU